AUGGACACUCUCGAUUACCAUAACCUGCGCAACUGUGCCAUUGAUAUCAUAAUUGGCAUGCUCGGGCUCUCCUACUUCGUCGUUUAUCUACUACUAUUUUUGAUUUUCCAUUUUCCUUCAACUCAAGAGUCGAUCCCAUAUGCCCUGGCAGUCAUCGCCUUUGGUGGCGGAAUCGCUUUGUGGCAUCUAUUUGUUGUCAUCCAGAAUGGUUUCCGUGUGCUCCACAACAAAACAAAGACAAAAGAGCAAGUCUCAUUGUGGUUUGUUGGUCUGUUCCUCAUUUGGACCGCUGCUCUUCCGACGGUCGCGUUUCUCUUUCCAGCCCAACCAUUGCUACAACUUGGAUACGCAUCAGCCUUCACCGUAAUCGUUGUUGGAAGCCUCCCUGACGGCUACCUCAAAGAUAACACGGUAUCCUUCCGUGGUCGAUUCUGC